GCUGACCUCUGCAGAGGCGGCGGGGGCUCAGCAUCGGGCCGGGGCCGGGGGGGCGCCGGGGCCGGGGGGCGGCGCUCCGGCCCGGCCCGGCCCCGCCCGAUGUCCAUGAGCGCCAACACCAUGAUCUUCAUGAUUCUGGGGGCGUCGAUCGUGAUGGCCAUCGCGUGCUUGAUGGACAUGAACGCGCUGCUGGACCGAUUCCACAACUACAUCCUCCCGCACCUGCGGGGCGAGGACCGCGUCUGCCACUGCAACUGUGGCCGGCACCACGUCCACUACGUGAUCCCGUACGACGGGGACCAGUCUGUGGUGGACGCCUCCGAGAACUACUUCGUGACAGACAACGUCACCAAGCAGGAGAUCGACCUCAUGCUGGGGCUGCUGCUCGGCUUCUGCAUCAGCUGGUUCCUGGUGUGGAUGGACGGCGUCCUGCACUGCGCCGUGCGCGCCUGGAGGGCGGGCCGGCGCUACGACGGCUCGUGGACCUGGCUGCCCAAGCUGUGCAGCCUGCGGGAGCUGGGCCGGCGGCCACACAGGCCGUUCGAGGAGGCGGCCGGGAACAUGGUGCAUGUGAAGCAGAAACUCUACCACAACGGUCACCCGAGCCCGCGGCACCUCUGAGCCGCGCGCAGGACUCGCGGGGCCGCCGGCCACCGCGCCCACGCUCACGGGACUGGACGGCCGGCCCGGGCCAGGGCGCCCGCGGCCGUCGGGCGCGUCCGGCGGAAGGUGCUGUCUCCUUUUCUUUUUAUAAAGGGGGUCGGGGUGGGGCCGGGGCGGGGGCGCGGGGACAGCGGCACCGGGGGCGCGGGUGGGACCGCCCGCCCAGCCCAGGACCACGUCCGCCGCUGGAAACCGGCGGCUUCCUGUGCGCCCGCGUCUGUCUCUCCGUCCGUCCGUCUGGUUUCCGGAGCCGGAGCCAGUUCUGCCGGAGGCGAGCACGGCCGGGAGCCGGGUGCGCCCACGUCUGCACACGGGGGCACGUGCAUGAGGCGUGUGCGCCCGCGGCCCGCAGUGGGGGCGCGGGCAGGGGUCCGGGGGAGGCCCGGGCCCAGCAAUAAGGCUUCUGAGCCCCGCGGCGGCAGCCCGGGUCGGGCGCCUCACUGUGACUCCCACCCCUGCUGGUCAGUAAAUUCUCUAGAAAGCUCCA